CUAAGGUUGGCUUUGGGACACAUUUUUGUGUGUUUCAAGUUGUUCGUCUUCUCUGUUGGGCGAAAUUUCAGUAACCAAACUACAAGGCGGCGCACAUGCUAGAUGAUAUUCAGAAAUAUGUUGGUUUCCAUCAGAAGCAAACCGUUUCUUCAAUCACCGCUUUCGCCGGAUUUCUACUCUCUGUUGUCAAAUUCAGGAAAGCGUGUAGCCGGGAGGGUACCGGCACGCCCUUCCGGCGCAAACAGAGGCUUCGUCCCCGGCAUUUUCGGCGGCGAGUUUAAAUCUAAUUUCAUGAGCCCAAUUAGGGCACUUGAAGCUUCUUCAGAUGACUGCGAUGAUAUCUCCGGCAAGGAUAAACUAAAGACACGUACCCUUGGAAAUUCUUCAAAUAUUUUCUGGCACAAAUGCUCGGUAGAGAAGAGUGACAGAGAGAAGUUGCUUCGGCAGAAGGGAUGUGUUGUUUGGAUCACUGGUCUCAGUGGUUCAGGUUUGUUAGUUAUUAAUCAUUUCUGUUCUAUCUACAUGUCUUAACUUAUUCUAAAAGCAACUUUGCUACUAUACUUUUCAUGUAUUUCUCAUACAACCAAAAGGUUCAUUCUUUAUCCUCAAAAGGUUACACAUUCUAAUGCCGGGGAAGUGAAUUUGUAGCUAGAAUGUUUUUCCACCU